AUGGCCUUUGUGGUGACGGCUGUUUUACUUGCAGCCGUGGGCGAGGCGGCCGCUUCCAGACCCUUGCGUGUCACUAACCCAUUCGAAGUCGUCGAUGAGCAGAGAUGGGUCAACCCGGACAACAUGACCUGGGCCGACUUCAAGGCGCCUCCCGGCACGGCAUGGAACGACUCUUCUCGCAGGGGCUCCAUCCGCAACUUCAACAUCGCCCUCAUCGCCGUCGACUACCAAGACAAGGCCUUUGCCAUCACCGGGCCUCCAAACUCGACCCUCUUUGGGAAUCCGCUGCCCGUGGCGGCAAACACUGCUCGGGCCCGGGUGCCGGCCUUCUACCGCGACCUGCUCAACAAGCCCAGCGAGCUCAACCGCGGCCACACGCUCCACGAGUACUGGAUGGAAGACUCUGGCGGCCGCUUCGGAGUCAACCUGACGGCGUUUGGGACCUAUCGCAUGCCCUUCUUUUCCUAUCAGUACGGGGUGGAUCGUGUCAUGAACCCGGGGGCGUGUCCGCCGGGGAUGAGCUGCGACAUGAGUCUUCGCGAGGAUUCUCUGGGCGUGUGGCGCAGAAACGUGGGGGACGACGUGGCCGACUCGUACGAGCUGGUCUUCAUCCUCUCCGCCGGCCAGGACGAGUCCUCGACGUGGCAGGAGUUUGGCGAGAUGAAGUUUGCGACCAAGGAGGACGUUCCCGCCGCAUGGGGACCGCCGCUGGCGUCGGGGGAGCAGCCGUCUCUGCCCAACUACGCCCACACGCGAUACGUCGAGUGGACUUCGUGGGCCGCGGCCGCGUCCAUCUGGCCCAAUGCCGGGGACGGGUCGAGCCUCCAGUGCGAGAGCUCGGGCAUGGGCACCUACGCCCAUGAACUGAGCCACCUCCUCAACAUUGGCGACAACUACGGCAACCCCUACGGGAAGCCCUUGCGUCGAGACUACACCGGCCCGUGGUCCAUGCUGUCUCGCGGCACCUUCAACGGGCCGGGGGGGCCGCAUACUCGGUGGCAGAUUCCGCCGUUGCAGGGCGGAUCCAUGGGCUCGCUGCAUACGGUGCGCGACAAAUACCAGCUCAAGCUGGUUGCCGAGAGCAGCCUGCGCAAGAUCUCGAGGAACGCCUUGGCUGCUUCCGGGCCUGUGGUUGCACGCAUCACGGCCCGGGCCGUCGAGUCGGACCUGAUGGGACUGCGCGUGGAGAUGGGAACAGAUCUUUCUCCUCGCUGCGACGUGGCCACGGACCUUUUCUGCGACGGCGGAGGCUACGACAACUACGACGUCGAAGUCGUCGACCGCAUGGGGGCCGAUUCCUUCCAGCCCGACUCGGGCGUCAUGAUCAGCAAGACCAAGAACACGGAUCGACGACAGCCCUUCCAGUGGACCAUUGACGCGAAUCCGCACGACAUCAACCUCGCCGACUUCAUCCGUCCCAACGGCACGGUGGCCAUGGCCACCAUGGGCGACUACCGGCAGCUGGCCGACGCGCUGUUCCACGCCGGCACCCGCUCCGGCAGCCAGUACGAGUUCGUGGACGCGCCCAACGGCCUUCACUUUUACGUCGUCGACAAGCACCGCGACCGGGCGGGUGUCUUGUCGUACACGGUGGGAGUCCGCGCGCUCAACGGCACCGCCAAGGGCCAGGGCGGCGUGCGACUGUCGCCGGGCAAGCCAGCCGUGGGCGAGGGGAACAGGCCGACUGGAAAGGGCGUGUUCUGUGCCUUUGGGCUCACCAACAACGGCACUGCGCGAGAGAAGCACCGGAAGGCGCCGCGGCAGGCUGCCCCCUCUCUGGGAGCAGACAUAUACCGCCUGCACGCCAAGGUCGAGGGCAAGGGAUGGCGCGUCGAGGUCCGCAACGCCCUCGCCGCUGCGAAGGCUGGCGAGACGGUCGGCGUCAAGGUGGCCGUCGGUGCGUCUGCAGACGCCGCCAAGACGGGCAUUGUGACGUUGACGGCCGUUUCCGAGUCCGACUCCAAGGUCAAGGCCGAGGCUCGUUGCCAGGUCUCCAAGGGGUAG